AUGACAUUUUCCCGAAUGAUUGCACGUGGUGCAGAGCCAUUUCUUUGUUCUGGACUUCGACGACGGGCAAUUUUUGCCGCUUAUAGUAACAAUUACUUCACCGGUAGGGCAGUGACUGUAGUGACGUCUAGACGCACAUACAUGCCACUGCCGAAUGAUCAGACAGAUUUCUCUCCUUACAUUGAAAUAGAUCUGCCCAGCGAAAGUCGUAUUCAAGCCAUUCAUAAGAGUGGUCUUGGGGCACAGGAUUGGGUGGCAUGUGAGAAGGUACAUGGGACAAAUUUUGGUAUUUAUCUAAUAAAUCAGGGAGAUAAAGAAGUUGUACGUUUUGCAAAGCGUAGUGGGAUUAUGGACCCUAAUGAAAAUUUCUUUGGUUAUCACAUUCUUAUAGAUGAGUUUACAGCACAAGUUCGUAUCCUAAGUGAUUUACUAAAACAGAAAUAUGGUUUAAGUCGCAUUGGACGUGUUGUGCUUAAUGGUGAAUUGUUUGGGGCUAAAUAUAAACAUCCACUUGUUCCUAAGAGUGAAAAGUGGUGUACAAUGCCAAAUGGGAAACGAUUUCCAAUAGCGGGUGUUCAAAUUCAGCGUGAACCAUUUCCACAGUAUAGUCCUGAAUUACAUUUUUUUGCGUUUGACAUUAAAUAUUCUGUGAGUGGAGCGGAGGAGGAUUUUGUGAUGCUUGGCUAUGAUGAGUUUGUGGAGUUCUGCUCCAGGGUGCCAAACCUGCUGUACGCAAAGGCCCUCGUGCGUGGUACUUUAGAUGCUUGUCUGGCCUUUGAUGUGGAGAACUUCUUCACGCCCCUCCCCGCCCUGCUGGGACUUGGCAACUAUCCGCUGGAGGGAAAUCUCGCGGAGGGCGUUGUGAUUCGCCACGUCCGUCGCGGUGAUCCGGCGGUGGAGAAACACAACGUGGCGACGAUCAUCAAAUUGCGCUGUUCGAGUUUCAUGGAGUUGAAACACCCGGGGAAACAGCAGGAGUUGAAGGAGACAUUUAUCGACACGGUGCGGGCGGGGGCACUGCGGCGGGUGCGGGGAGAUGUGACGGUGGUGGCGGAGUCUAUGCUCCCGCAGGUGGAGGCGGCGGCGAACAAUCUGCUGCUCAACAACGUGAGUGAUGGGCGGCUCAGUAAUGUCCUCUCGAAGAUUGGACGGGAGCCGCUCCUCUCAGGGGAGGUGAAACAGGCAGAUGUCGCCCUCAUGCUGGCAAAGGAUGCGUUAAAGGAUUUUCUCAAGGAGGUGGAUGAGUUGGUGCUGAACACGAGUCUCACGUUUAGAAAGACACUCAUUGUGAAUGUCUACUUUGAGUCGAAGAAGUUGGUGGAACAGAAAUGGAAGGAGAUUUUGCGGGCAGAGGCAGACGCAAAGGCGGAGUCGGAAGAGGCUGCAAAAGAAAACGCGUAA